AUGACCCAACUAGUGUGGUUGGUUCAACACAAGGUUUUGUGCUUGCAGCAUCACCCCCUUUUAUUCCAAGACCUUGUCAUUUUUGUUGCCCAGCUUCAGCACAAGUUGCUUGACAUUUAUGCUUUGCUCGAAUACAUUGAGAUCCUCUACCCACUUCUUUCAUCUCCCUGCUCAAAACCUGUACACACCUGGAUGGGGUGCUUUACAAAGGAUACUGCCACUUGCAAAGCACUAUAUUUUGCUGGGGUGCCAGUCUGGCUUGUAUGUACCGAGGCAUACAUCCCCCCUGAUAUGAAUAUCAAGGAGCCUGUGAGAUUGACAUGCCCUGAAGACAUAGUGAAAGCUAUGUAUUUGGAAAAGGGGGUAGCUAAGCCAUUCUCAUCAAUCUACCAUGGUCCUGGCAGUCUCCUGUGCCACAUUCACACUUGCAGGGACUAUGAGGGUACAUUUGCAGAGCAACCAGAGCCCCUGCAAGAAUCAUUUGCCACAUCCUCAUCGAACCCAUCUCCAAGCACUGGGAAGCAAUCAAUGAAAAAGCAGACAAGGGCUGCCAGGGAACAAGCGACUGCAGGCCCCUCCAGAGGUAUGUACCCUAAUUUUCUUUCUGCUUGUUCCUGA